GGCUUUAUUGAGUACACACAUCGCAAAACAAAACACUCCAACAUUUAACGUACAAAAACGCAGUAAAUUUGAACAGUCUCGUUCGUUUAUUGGUUUGACGAACAUCUGAAUCAGUAUGCAAUUGUUCGUCUUCAUCUUUGUGGUAUUUCUUGCCUGCCAAUUGAACAUCGCCAAUGCUCAAGAUUCGAUUUGUCGUCGAACAACGGUUGGCAGAGGAGCUGGUUCAGCUGUUGUAUCUUUGUGUAAUGCGGACGAACAGGAAGUAGCCUCGUUGUGCUAUCCGAGAUGUCAGAACGGUUACGAGAAUAUCGGAUCGAAUAUAUGCAGGAAAAUCGGAUGUGAUGGACUUAUCGGAGCUACAGACAUAGGUGUUUCAUGCGAAAAGCCGCCCGCAUACGGUCGUGGUGCUGGAUACAUAUUUACCGACCAGCAAACGUGCAUCCGUGAGAAUGGAUCUUGUGAAAUGUGGGGUGCCAUGUGGUAUCCAACAUGCCGUUUUGGCUAUAGUCCUUUCGGUUGUUGUAUAUGCUCACCGAACUGUCCAAGAGAGUACAUCGACGAUGGGGCAUUCUGCCAGAAGCCGUCUUAUGGUCGCGGCGUAGGUGUUAGCCGUUUGGGAUGUGCGUCGGGUCUGCAAUAUGAUGCUGGUUUAUGUUAUAUACCUUGUCCAAGCGAUCGUAACGGUGUUGGUCCUCUUUGUUGGAGUAGAUGUGGCGGCCAAACUCCGGUCGAGUGUGGCAUAUUUUGUACUUCAUCUGCGGAAAAAUGUGCCGAUAUAACGCUACAGAUUGUUGGGUCAGCUGUGAGAGUAGCUGCGAAUUUAGCUGGCACGAAUGUUCUCGGUGCAAUUCUGGCUAUUUUCGAUGGUGCAAACCAAAUUAUGGAACCAAAUAGCUGCUAGAAAUGGUUGGUGAUCCGUUUUUCGAUUUAAAAGAUAAUUUGUGUAAAUAAAAGUAUUCCUCCGAA